UCCGGUGAGCCGAACUGCGCACGUGCGGCCAGGAAGGAAGUAAGGCCAACUGGGGAGCUGCGCGGCGGCGCUGCUGUGGAGGCGCGUCUCCGGCAACAUGUCUCACCUGCCGAUGAAACUGCUGCGCAAGAAGAUCGAGAAGCGGAACCUCAAGUUGCGGCAGCGAAACCUCAAACUCCAGGCAAGGGUCUCAGAUGUGAGCCUGUCAGAACCCCAGAAUGGAGACGUGCCUGACGCAGCAGUGGCAGGUGGGAAAGUGAAGAAGUCCCUGAAACACGCCACGAGUGUGAGCCUGUCAGAACCCCAGAAUGGAGACGUGCCUGACGCAGCAGUGGCAGGUGGGAAAGCGAAGAAGUCCCUGAAACGUGCCACGAGUGUGGGCCUGUCAGAAACCCAGAAUGGAGACGUGCCUGACACAGCAGUGGCAGGUGGGAAAGCGAAGAAGUCCCUGAAACGUGCCACGAGUGUGGGCCUGUCAGAACCCCAGAAUGGAGACGUGCCUGAAGCAGCAGUGGCAGGUGGGAAAGCUAAGAAGUCCCUGAAACACACCAUGAGUGUGGGCCUGUCAGAAACACAGAAUAGAGCCUUGACUAAAGAAACAGUGAAGAAAGUAAAAGUUAAAAAAUCCCCCCAGAAAUCUGCUGUGUUAACCAAUGGAGAAGCAGCAACAGAGUCGCCCGAUCCAGAAUCUAAAAAGAAGAAGAAGAAGAAAAAGAGAAAACUGGUGAAUGGUGCUGGCCCUGAUACCAAAAAAGCAAAAAUUCAAGAAGAAGGCACCAAGGCUCCUACAGAAACAGAAGACAGUGUGGAAGCAGCAGACAAUGAGGAGGAUGACAGUGAGGCUCCCAGCCUGCCCCUUGGACUGACAGGAGCUUUUGAAGAUACUUCAUUUGAUUCUCUAACUAAUCUUGUCAAUGAAAACACUCUGAAGGCAAUAAAAGAAAUGGGCUUUACAAACAUGACUGAAAUUCAACAUAAAAGCGUCAGACCACUUCUGGAAGGCAGAGAUCUUCUAGCAGCUGCAAAAACAGGCAGUGGCAAAACCCUGGCGUUUCUCAUCCCUGCAGUUGAACUUAUUGUUAAGUUAAAGUUUAUGCCCAGGAAUGGGACAGGAGUCCUUAUUCUCUCACCUACUAGAGAACUGGCCAUGCAGACGUUUGGUGUUCUCAAGGAGCUGAUGACUCACCACGUUCACACAUAUGGCUUGAUAAUGGGUGGCAGUAACAGAUCUGCUGAAGCACAGAAGCUUGCCAAUGGGAUCAACAUCAUUGUGGCUACGCCUGGCCGGCUCCUGGACCAUAUGCAGAAUACUCCAGGGUUUAUGUACAAAAACCUACAGUGUCUGGUUAUUGAUGAGGCUGAUCGCAUCUUGGAUGUUGGAUUUGAAGAGGAAUUGAAACAAAUUAUUAAACUUUUGCCAACACGCAGACAGACCAUGCUCUUUUCUGCCACACAAACUCGAAAAGUUGAAGAUCUGGCAAGGAUUUCUCUGAAAAAGGAGCCUUUGUAUGUUGGUGUUGAUGACGAUAAAGCUAAUGCAACAGUGGAUGGUCUUGAGCAGGGAUAUGUGGUUUGUCCCUCAGAAAAGAGAUUCCUUCUGCUCUUUACAUUCCUUAAGAAGAACCGAAAGAAGAAACUGAUGGUCUUCUUUUCAUCUUGUAUGUCCGUGAAAUACCACUAUGAGCUGCUGAACUACAUUGAUUUGCCUGUCUUAGCUAUCCACGGAAAGCAGAAGCAAAAUAAACGUACAACCACAUUCUUCCAGUUCUGUAACGCAGACUCCGGGAUAUUGCUAUGUACAGAUGUGGCAGCAAGAGGGCUGGAUAUUCCUGAAGUUGACUGGAUUGUUCAGUAUGACCCUCCAGAUGACCCUAAGGAAUAUAUUCACCGCGUAGGUAGAACAGCCAGGGGCCUAAAUGGACGAGGGCAUGCCUUGCUCAUUUUGCGCCCAGAAGAACUGGGUUUCCUUCGUUACUUGAAGCAGUCUAAGGUUCCAUUAAGUGAAUUUGACUUUUCUUGGUCUAAAAUUUCUGACAUUCAGUCUCAGCUUGAGAAGUUGAUUGAGAAGAAUUACUUUCUUCAUAAGUCAGCCCAGGAAGCAUACAAGUCGUACAUCCGAGCUUAUGAUUCCCAUUCUCUGAAACAGAUCUUUAAUGUUAAUAGCUUAAAUUUGCCUCAGGUUGCACUGUCUUUUGGUUUCAAGGUGCCUCCCUUUGUUGAUCUGAAUGUGAACAGCAACGAAGGCAAGCAAAGAAAAAGAGGAGGCGGCGGUGGCUUCGGCUAUCAGAAAACCAAGAAAGUUGAGAAGUCCAUAAUCUUCAAGCACAUUAGCAAGAAACCGACCGACCGCCGGCAGUUCUCUCACUGAAGACACGUCUUCCUUUGAUCUUGAGUAACUUGUCCUGGAAUCAAUUUUUUUCCUUUUCUAACAAAGGAAUUUUUGUAGCCUUUAAAUUUGAACUCAACUAAUGAGUGUUCAUUGGCUCAGGUUGCAAACAAUGGACACUGUGAUUUCCAGCAAGUCUCUUGUAUUUUUGAGAUUUGGGGGCAUAUAAAGCAGACUUUAAUUCCUUGGUUGCCCAAGGGCAAAGCAAGGAAUCUUUCUGUUUUCUGAUGAUACGGUGUAUUGAUUUUAAAUAUAUUUCCCUCUUUAUGUCAUUGUUUUAAUGUAACUUUUUAUACCUUGCCCUCCUGAGAAGUGAGGUUUUUUGUGGCAUGAGUUGCUAGAUACCAAUGUGCUUUUAAAGUGACCUCGGGUCCUGACAGCUGGUGAUGAUGCACAGAUAGUCUCAAUUCACUGUUUUGGCGGUAGUUGUUUGCUGGACCUUCCCGUAGUUUCUGGUCCCUCCUGAAUGCUGCAGUAUGAAAGCAAAGAGCGAGCUCUGGGAAGUACCUAGGAAGCACCUUAGGAUAAAGGUGGUAUAACUUUUACAUAGUCCUGAUUUUAAAACUAUGAACCUUUGAACCUCUCUCAGUAUUAGAGUAUUUAAAUAUGGAGGGGAGUGGGAGGUGUAGGGUUGAGAGGACUGACCUCAUUUGCAUAAGUACAGGUAUAUUGUACUAUUCACAUUGUGGUAACUCAGCAAAAAAGACCUUUCUGAGAAACUGGUUAUUCUCAUUCCAGUGUCACUCAUGCAGUGGACUGGAUUUUGGUUAGGGUUUCCAACUUGGCCCAGUACUUGGAAGACCAGACAGCUAUCUAGAGACUGAAAACCCACCUGCCUGUAUACAGGGCUCGGCCUGCAUUACUGUUAGUGAGAAAGAGCACCUCUUCCAGGUCUGAAACAAAAAAUAGGUUGGCAGUGAAAACUGGAAAUGAACAAAGUCAUAAAAUAGCAAUCAGUGUUGUAGUGAGGUUUUUUGUGGCAGGAACACUUGCUUUCAGUUUUGUGUAAUAUGUACAUACAAAAUAAGUAUAUUUUGUGGUUCAAAACCAGAAUAGCUGCAUAGUUUUGCUGUUUGGCCAGCUAAUAUUUAAAGUCACAUUAAGUCCACUGAGACCAGGAGCUGCAGAGGAAACAGAUUGAUAAGUAGCAUUCCAGGAUGAAAGGACAGCUCAGUGUUCCACCUUUGCACUUGACUACUUACUGUCUCCCUGGCUGGACCUGUCCGGGAUGUUACACCUUGGCUGCAGGGCUCCUGGUUUCUUAACUCCUGACGCUUAAUAACUAUUUCAACAGGACAUUGUUUUUCUUGCUUCGUAAAUAAUCAUGUUUCAAAAAAUACACAAAAGCAAAGGGAAGAUUUAAUCACUAAACAAGAGUGAGCAUAAGCACUCUUGAGAUUUUGGUGUGUGACCUUCCAGAUUUAUGUAUGUGUGUUCAUAGUUUUUUAAUUUUUUUGUCAAAAUGAAUUCAUCCUUUCCCUAUUGUGACCAUCUUGUUUCAAAGCAUAUUAUUUUGCUAUGUCAUUAAAUAAUCCUGUCCAUCUUGUA